AUGGCAUCUGAAGACCAGAAAGAAGACAUAAUGAUAAGGCGCAAAUCACGUUCAGUGGUGACGCGUGAUCCAGUCAUAUUCGGCGCUCAAACUCCCAUAACCCAGGCAAAAGGAAUGACGUCAGCCAGUUGCUGUAAAGUGGAAAACUUGUUUGCUCGAUUCGGUUGGAAUCAGUUGCUGGUAGGCGUCCGUGGAGGCCAGUGGCAGGUGUACAAGGGUGCCUUUUCACUCACUCCAAAAACGCUCACAUUCGAUACCACCCAACUGGGAAAGUAA